AAAAACAAAAACUGUCCCAUUUGUAAAAGAAAAUCCUCAAAAUCAGAUCCUGAAGUGAACUUUGCACUGAAGGAACUGGCUGACUCCUUUGAAGGAAGACAAAAAGCUGGAUCAUCUGAGACAGAAAAAGAAACAGAGAAAGAGGAGGUGGUGUGUGUUAAACAUCAAGAUGUCCCUUAUUGGUUCUGUAAGGAUGAAGACAGAGCUGUCUGUCCUGUCUGUGAGUUUCCUCACCACCAGAGUCACAAGGUGGUUCCUGUAGAACAAGCAGUCAGUGAGCUGAAGGACGAGCUGAAAUCUGACUUAAAGUCUCUGCAGGACAAGAGGGACAAAUAUGAACAAGUGCAGAAAACAUACAGAGAAGUGAGUCAACACUCCAAGAAGCAGCUGUUGUCCACAGAGAGACAGAUCAGAGCAGAGUUCAACAAGCUCCACCAGCUCCUGAAAGAGGAAGAGGAGUCCAGACUGGCAGCUCUGAGGGAGGAAGAGGAGCAGAAGAGGAGGACUCUGAGCAGAGAGAUGAGGAUGAUUGAGGAGCAGAUCUCCUCUCUGUCAGACAGUAUCUGUGCUGUUGAAGAAGAGCUGCAGAAACACAACGUGGCGUUCCUCAGCAGUUAUAAAGACACUCAGAGCAGAGCCAGAGUCCAGAGCUCACUGUCAGAUCCACAGCCGCUGAUAGAUGUGGCCAAACACCUGGGCAACCUGUCCUUCAGGGUCUGGGACAAGAUGAGGGACAAGGUCCACUUCAGUCCUGUCAUUCUGGACCCAAACACUGCACACAGCUGGCUCUAUCUGUCUGAUGAUCUGACCAGUGUGAGACAUGGAGACUCAGGCCAGCAGCUUCCUGAUAAUCCAGAGAGAAACAUCAAGUACACCGCUAUUCUGGGCUCUGAGGGCUUCAGCUCAGGGAAACACAGCUGGGAUGUGGAGGUGGGAGACUAUCCUGGUUGGAGUGUAGGUUUGGCUAAAGAGUCAGUUGACAGGAAGGGAGAGAGAUAUGCUACACCAAAAUAUGGAACCUGGUGUUUACGGCAUGGAGAUGGAAAAUACAUUGAUGCUGUUGGUAAGACUGUCAGAGUGAAGAAGAGUCUCCAGAGGAUCAGAGUCCAGCUGGACUAUGACAGGGGGGAGUUGUCCUUCUACGACCCUGAAGACAUGACUCACAUCUGCACUCACAGAGACACUUUCACUGAGAAACUCCUCCCUUAUUUCAAUAUUCGACCGGCUGGUGAUGCUAAAACUGCUGAAAUCCAAAUCUGUCAAACAGAGAUUUCUCUCUGAUGUUCAGGGAUGUAAAUUAUU